GGCAGGAGGACAGGGAAGGAAGGAAUGGGAGGGCGUGUAGGAGCGAGGGUCUCAGUAUAUAAGGGGCUGGCGUCACUCUCUUCCUCACUUCGGGUCCUGUUCACCUGCUACAGACAACAAUGAAGGCUGUGGUGUUCCUUGCUCUCCUGGCUGUGGCCGCUGCCCGCCCCCAGUUCAUGUUUCCCCAGGCACCUAUCGUGACCUACAAGUCUGUUGAUGUUGACAACGCUAAAGUGAUCACUUCACCGCUCACCUACACCAUGCCUUCCACCUUCCCCUUGACCUACUCCCACUUCCCCUACACCUACCCCUUCAUCAACCCUCUGGUCGCCAACCCCGCCAUCAAGGUUGAGGCUGAGAGCAAGAGGACCAAGAGAGACGCUGACCCCGAGCCCGAACCCGAGGCUGACCCCCUUACCAUCUACUCUGGCCUCCCUACGCUCCCCAUCGCAGGCACCACCACCUACCCUACCUACCCCACAGUCUCCACCUACGGCUCCUUCCCCUUCACCUACGCCACCUACCCCCAGUGGCCCUACAGCCAGUGGUCCAGCGUCAUCAAGACAGUCUAAGGAGGAAAACGAACACAGAGAAGAAAACGGCAUUAAGGACGGAUCGCUCAUGACUACAAUUUUUUUUGCUUGACAUGACUUUUCUUGUUAUUUGAGUACGUAGCUCCUCCCUCCCUCCUCCUCCUCCUCCUCUUCCUGCUCUUCUCUCCAUCCCUCCCUCCCUCCUCCAGCAAGGAGUAGGGUCUUCAUGAAACUUUUCCUUGAUUAAACAAUGAAAUCACCAA